AUUCCUAAACCAAGCAUUGGGAGUCACAGAUACGCAGAGCAAAACAAUCUGAAAGUUGCACCCUUUACCUGACAGUAAACAGGUACAAACUGAUCGAGAGUUGGGCCGUUUCAAUGUAUAAAAGAGAACUGAAAACGCUGCAUCGAUUAUGGACGGAUACGAGUUAUUUUCCAGCUGCAAGAAGGGGGACAUUUCUAGAGUCAGGUAUCUUGUUGAAGAACGAGACGUGGACAUUAAUUUGAGGGAUAAAUGGGACUGCACCCCACUGUAUUGUGCUUGCCUCUGUGGUCAUGAAGAACUUGUCCAGUACCUGUUGGCUCAUGGUGCCAAAUGCGAAGCCAACACAUUCGAUGGAGAGAGGUGUGUGUACGGCUCCCUGAAAGACUCUAUUCGACGUCUGCUCAAAGAACACAAGUGCAUUACUGCCAAAACAAUGCAACGGGACUACUUUGACUACUUCCUGCACAUGAUACUUGAGCAGGGACAGCACAGUGAUGUAAAGUUCAUGAUCCAUGGCGAGAUAUUCCUGGCUCACCGCUGUGUUCUCAGUGCACGAUCCGAGUACUUCACGACAAUGUUUGAAACCAAGUGGAAAGGAAAGAACUUGAUCACACUCAAACACCCUUUGAUAAACCCUGCAGCUUUUGGAGCGCUCCUGCAGUAUAUCUACACAGGACGUAUGGACAUCAACGUAAGCUUUAUUGAAGACUGCAGACUGCUGGCUAAACAGUGUAAAAUGGAUGACCUUACAGAGGACCUUCAGCAUAAAUGUAAACAGGUGUAUGAAUAUGUUUCCAAUAAACCUGGAAUCUGUGUGAAGGUGCUUACCCUUGGACCUCACAGCGAUCGGCUGCAGGACCAUAUGCUGCAGCUGGCAGUGGGUGCCCUGCCUGCAGAAUUAAGAGUUGGAUGUGGUCAGCUUCCUUUUAUCAUAACCGAUGACUACCCCACUUACCCGGACAUUGCCUUCAAAGUGGAAGGGUACAAUUUCUUAUGUCACAAGGCAUUUUUCUGCGUACGUAGCGACUACUUUAAAGCUAUGUUGGAGGACCAUUUCAGUGAGGGAGAAAUACUGACCUCCCAGCCCAACGUCCCAGUGCUCACGCUCCACAACAUCUCCUAUGAAGUGUUUAUCUGCCUCCUUUACUACAUCUACGGUGAUGAUACUGAGUUAUUCCCCGACAACGUGCUGGACAUGUUGUACGUGGCCGACAUGUAUCUGCUCCCAGGCCUGAAGCGCCUGUGUGGAGCCGCGCUGGCUAAGACUGUAUGUGAGGACAAUGUUCUGGAGAUCUGGAAGACGGCCAAGCUCUUCAGCCUUUCGCGCCUGGAGGACCAGUGCAAAGAGCUGAUGGCCAAGAUCAUAGAGAAGCUUGUGAAUAGUGCUGAGUUUGCAGAGAUGAUCCAAGAGGAUGCUAGGUCUGUAGUGGAUCGCCAGGAUAUGGACUCCAUCCCCCUGGUGGACGACAUCCGCUACCACAUCACCACUAACGUCCAGACGUACAGUGCCAUCGAGGAGGCCAACCAGAAGCUGCAAGUGCUGGAGCAGCUACUGGUCAGCAUCGGACUCGAGUGUUAAGUGUCAGCCAGGCAUCGUCUUGCAUACACUGCUUUGAAUGACGCUCUCCCUAUUGGAUCAGACCUGUCCUUUAAGUGGCCUUAUGGAAGGUUUUUUAAAUGUUUUGAAUGGAAAAUGUAUAGAAUUGUUGGGGAAAAAAGCGAAUGCUUGAAGUUUUUGGGCUGACGUGUACUUUUUUUUCUCAUUGGUCAAAGAAUUCGGCAGCAAAAGCGUAGAAGUGCUUAUAUUGUGUAUGGUAUCUAUUUAUGAAUGCAUUAUGAAUAAGGGUGACCAGAUAUCCCAGCUUUCAAGGGAAAUUUGCUUGAAGGUGCUGCCCCCGGAAAUGUCCACACUUAAAAAUGUUAUAAUUGUACAAAUAUAUUGAUUGAUUUUUAAAGGUUCUGGUUUACUCAUCAUGAAUAUUAAUUUUGAGACAGUUGCUCAUUAGGCCCGUGUCUAUCUGAGAGGCUUUGAUGCAAACUUUCUUCAAAGGGGUUUAUCUAACCGUACAACUUUUUACCAUAAGCAGGCAUAACCGAUCAUAAACAAUGGGCUAUCAAUACCAUAUAGAAUGGUAUGGUAUUUGAGUUGCCUACCUUAGUUCGUUUUUUUGGCUGGUUUACCAAAGCUUAAAACACAUCAUAGUUAAGCGUUGGGCCAGGAGUACAGCGCAAUAUGUUACUACAGUACUACAUUUACCAUGGUGAGAAUAGGCUAAAUGUAAAUAUGUCCCAUUUUAGGAAUAAUAUUAACUAUUUUGGGGGGGGGGGGGGAACUGCCAAACUACAAAUGUCACCGUUUUUCAUUUGAGGAAUCUGGUCACCUUAUUAUAAAUGCAUGCAUUGACUUGAACUUACUUAGCUACCUUGUUUAAUGGUAGACAUAGCUCUAUAUUAUGAGUAUGGCAUGUAUGAUACACUUCUAUAAUACGCUGUACAAAUACAUUCACUCUGCUUAUUUUGGCAAACAAUGCCAGUGAAUUAGUCUGAAUUAAGAGGUCCGUUAUUUCUGAGUGAUCUAGAAAAAAUACUUAACAUUAAUGCGCUUUACCUAGGUUUUAUGUAGAUAUGACCCCUUUUCUGACCUUUGCCUACUUUCGGGUAUCUUUAACCUAGUCAUAAUAAACUACAAUGGAUGCUAUCAUGGCUA